UGCACUGGGUACGACCUUUUUACUUCAAAAACCAACCCUGUUUUCUUGAAUUGUUGCAGAUGUGUAAUCACUGGAAAUGGUGGGACUUCAUAUGCAUAUCUGGGACGACCGUGGGGACCUUUUGGAAGAGUCGUUUUUGCAUAUACAUUUAUGGAUGGAUGCAUCAGACAUGUAGGAUGGAAUAAUUGGGGUAAAACAGAGAAUGAACGAAGUGCUUGCUUUUAUGAAUACAGGUGUUUUGGACCGGGCAGUUGCCCAUCGAAACGGGUGACAUGGGCUAGAGAACUGGUAGACGAGGAAGCAGACCAGUUCCUCCAGCAUCGUUUCAUCGACCCAGAUCCAGGAAGGCCUUGGCUUGCCCAGAGAAUGGCCCUAAGAAUACCAUAUUCUGCCUAGGAGUGAAAACAUGGGAAAGAUU